AUGUUGGUACUCAACAAGUCCUCUACCUGUGAUGUCUGUAUGGAAGGUUACGCAGCUGGCGGCAAUUCGCCGCACUCGAUCUCUUGUGGGCACUCAUUCUGCCAAAAGUGUCUCGAUCAUCUUUUGCGCCACAUCUGCCCCCUUUGUCGGACUCGGUUUUCCCCUCAGGAUGUCCGCAGGCUUCACAUUGAUAUGCAGUCUCCCAUGAUUACGACCGCUUCCAUAGAAGAAGUCCCUGAAAACCCUGAACCUUCUUCGCCGCCUGAUGACGAAGCACGCGCCCUCCAGAACGAUAUCGCGCGUGUCGUCAAAGAAGGUGCCAAGCUUCCCGAACUCCGCCGAGUAAUUGAAAAAUGUCGAACGUACUACAAGUCUCAGUCAGCUGACCAGCAGAAUCCUGUGAAAGUGAGCGCGCUGCUUCUUUGGAACCUCGCCGAGUCUCAACGUCAUCUCGCGGAAAUGAGAAAGGACAAGCUAGCUGAGGUUGAGAGGACCUGCGAGGCGAAAAUUGCUCUUGAGGAAAUACGCUCGCGUCUUACGACAGAGAUCAUGGAUUUGCAGGUGAAAUACGAGGAACUGCAACGUAUUCGACAGGAUGAAAAAGAUACUGCUCUUGCUGUAGAGAAAUCUUUGAGGGAACAUUAUGAUGAAUUGAACGCAUAUUGGAGGAGUCAGUAUAUCCUUGUUUCCUGCGAGCUUCUCCGAGAGGAACUCGUGCGCGCUAGAAUUGCGUUCAACCCAUUACCCGACUUCCAACGGUCAGUGGAGGUUCGGUAUCUUCAUGCAGCGGAGCCCAAGCAUCCUGAGAAGUUGAUCGAGGACGAUCCUCUGAGCAUCAAAGCACGAGCGAAGGCUAAAGCGAAAGCAAAAGCCAUCGAGGAAGAGGAGUUCCAUUUGUCACCUCUCACCCAGGUAAUCGGAACUUGGCCUUCCGCAAUUCAGUCGUUCCGCGCUCUGGUGGAUGAAGAUGAGAUCGACGACUUAAAGAAGACCGGCGGCAAAAAGGGAUCGGAAUCGAGGCCUGACACAGACGAAGAUCAAACAAUGGGUGAUGCUACGUCUCAGAUUGUCUCCAUUCCUCGGUCCUCGUUGUCUCGUCAGUUGACCGACUCCUCCGUCCCUUCGUCUAUAUCCACUGUUAAUCCGGACAAUUGGUCUGGAUUGUCACGAUCUCGCCCUCGCGAUGACAUUGUCAUGUCGAGUCGUGAUAGGUCUACUUCACGUCAUCGCUCCACUGAGCGUUCAAUCGCUUUGGCACACAGUGGUACUCAUUCACCGUCUCGCAGACUCAGGGAUUACGAAAUGCGUGCAGGAGAUACGUACGAGCCCAAGUUGAAAGAUCAGUUCACACCACGCCAGAUCAUGUCGGCCGACGACCUCCGGGACAAAACCCACGAACGCCUGCGCGCGCAGCUCCAUGACAUCCUUGACAGCCCUGUGGUAUCAUCCUCUCUCAAGAUGUCGAUGUCGUAUAGCGACGAAUCACCGAUGCCCCCACCAUAUCCACCACCACCAUCGUGCAAUACGCUCCCUAGGCCGACGAAUUCUAGUACACGUAUAAAUACGCCGUUGCGGAGGAACUCCACUGCGAGUCAAUCAGUGACUCCUACACCUGGUCCUGAGGAGGGAUACCCCGCAACAGUUGUGCCAAAGACAUUGGUCCAUGCUAGUAGUGUCGCGAUGCAGCAGGAGAAGGAGAGGCGGGAGAGGGAAAGACAGCGAGAGCUGGAACGUGAGCGAAUGGAGCGUGAACGAAUGGAGCGUGAACGGGGGCGGGAUCGUGACCGCGACCGCGACCGGGAUCGGGAUCGGGACCGUGAUCGUGAUCGUGAUCGCGAGCGGGAACCAGAGUGGCACUUCAAGGACGCCACCAAUGUGCCAUCCGAUGCUUAUUCCUACCAUCGCGAUCGACGUAUAGGCAGGACCAAGUUGUCUAACCCGGUCACCGCCGGAGCAGACUGA